AUGAAGCCUCGUAGUGCAUAUCGUAAUGUUGAUCUGCCUGCUAUGAUGCAGGUCGAUCAAUGCUGGACAAAGAAAUAUCUACCUACUGUUAUGCUGUGGGCUAGGAGCUAUGAAGACAUCUGGACCAUCCCAGAUGAAGUACUUCUCCUCCAUGCCCAGCUAAUUUUCAAUGCGGUAUACAAGGAGCUUAACAUUACCCUGGUUCAUGGUGGGGUGGUACAUUCCCUUACUGCACAGUGUAUUUCCGAAUGGUGGAGUAAUUUCGGUUUGACGGGCAUAGUCAUCAUCCUCGACUUUCUGACACGAAACUCCGACUGUGAUCCUGUCGAACUUGCUAAAUCUUUGCUUGUGGAUUACACAUUCUUGUUCGAGGACCCUGACAAGCCAAGUCCCCUCACAACAUACCGUUCUCCCUUUGUUUUGCAGUUGUUGGGCACAGCGCACCUCAAUGCCAUCAAUGGAUAUGUGGAGGUUCCUGAACUCGAUACCCAUAUGUUUGCGACACGUGGGAUGUCGCGUGUUAUCGCUGUUUCUGCUGCGGCAGUAAGUUUAAUUUAA